CUAAUCAAAACCAACUGGUGGGGGCCUUGCCCAGCUCAGUGAAAUAGAAAGCUAAGAAAAAAAUGAAGGCAGAGUCUGCUGAGAAGAGGAGAGAGAGUAGUUUUGAGAGAAGAAUUUGAAAGGAAGUUUGGUGAAGAGUGAGGAGCGAAAGUAGAUUGAGGAGGGUGAGGUAAAUAAAUGCUGAUAAUGUACUGAGAGAGUUUAGAGACGGGGGAUGGGGCUCCUCAGAUGUGACUCAGAUUCGCUGUCAAAACCAGCGGGGAGGGGACCUGAUGAGAAAAAGGAUAGAGAAGGAGUGAGCAGGGGUGGAGAGGGGGAAAGAAAAGCCAGCCCCUCUUACACCACCCUGACUCUUUGGCAUUCAGUGUCAGCAAAAACCUUAAUGUGAUCAAGAUGGAAGUUGUCUAUGGACUUUUCGCUGCUCCCUGGCUUUCUGCCUGCAUGUGGUGGCUUCACUGCCUGUCCGACAGUUUCACAGCGAGGAUACUGACUGGAGUUCAGAAAAAAGCUUGCAGCAACGUAGCCUAAGGACUGCAUACAAAGUCAAGCAAAUGUCAAGUCACUUGGGAAGCGAUGGAUAUGUAUUACUUCAGAUGUGGACGGAUUGCUUAAGCCUGGGAAAUAUCUCUGGAAAAGUGUACUCAUGGCAAUUUCUUGAUCUGCAGCAUACAGUAUACGUGUUGGAUUACUGCCAAAUGUACGACUGGAUUUUAUAGGGAAAAAACUUUGUCAACACUUCUGUAAGUAACUUGAUGUAAAGUAGGUUCAGUUCUGCGGUUAAUCGACCAGCAUCUUUGGGACUUUUUGGAGACCUCCCUCAAUGAACUUACUUAACCAGGUGCCGGCUCCUGCCAUAAGAUACAGAUGGCAGUUGUGAUCCAACUCUGAUACCUCUGAGGAAAUAAAAGAUCUGGUUCACCAUUCUCAGCUGGCGUAACAAUCAGCCGUAUGGGAUAGCGUAAGCUGUCCACCCACCAUGCCGGUAGCCAUACGGAAAAGGAGUUGGGAAGAGCAUGUGACUCACCGUUCAGGAUUGCAGUACAGCUAUGAUGAUCUGGAUCUGGUCUGCUGUCAUGGAGUUGACAGCAAGGGUCCAUGGAUGGGAGGAGGGGCUUCCAAACAAGGUCGACGAACAAGGUGUGCCUCUCUGCCAGAGGGCUGUCAUCAGCUGCCUACAGAAUUGACACAUGAAGUGACAGCUUCUGCAGUAAAUGAUGAUUCUGGAAUACAACAGUUGAAAAUUUCACUGGAUUUGCAGGACGAAUCAGUUCAUGAACUUCCUUCCGUGGAGGAUGAUGACUUUUCCGAAAGGGCCACUUUAUAUGUGCCUUCUCAAACUACAAACAUUGGUAUUUCUGGAGAGUUUCCCUGUUCAAACAAUGACAUGUAUAGUUCAAACCUGUCUUGUGCUACUGUUAGCAAAACUCUCAUUGAGAGAACGAUCAACGGUGAAGGUGAAGUCAGCACAGAAAGUAGCCAGAGUUCCAACAUCUGCAAUGACGAUAAUGUCUUUAAAAGGCCACAUAUCUUUCACGAGGAGCAACAAUGCAUCUCUAUAUCUUCAAACAAUGGAUUUCCACUGUCUGGAUCUGCUGGUGUGCAGCCUGGCAAACAUCCAGAUCAUCAGGAAACAAAGGAGAGCCAUACACAGGGUUACAGCAAACCUUCUGAAAUCUCUGAGGCCACUCUAAACUGGUCCAGUGCGAGUGAACUGGAACCCCAGACUGACUUGCCAGAUGUUGAGGAAGAGAGGAUUUCAACAUGUGAUCAUGCUUGUGCACAUGUAAACUUACCUUUUGGUGUGCCUCACAGUUCAGUUGAUGUGAUGGAAGGUGGUGAUGUCAUGUCACCAGCUAACAAAACCGCUGCUGGAGAACCAGUCAUGACUUUAGUGGUGGAAGGAAAGAGGAACCAUGGAGUAAGCCAGAGCGAAGACUCUGCUGACAAGCUGGAUGGAUUAAAUGACCUAGAAACUCUAAGUGAAAAUGCAGGAGUUAAACUUCACUCAAAAGACAUUGGAGGAGGGGAGCAAGAUCAUCAUGGCUGCACUGGGGUAUUGGAUCAGGCUGGUGCAUGUGAAAUAUCCUACCAGACUUCAUUGGAACAGUGUAAUAUUGAAAUUGCACGGAUGAAUGUGCCUGAGGGAAAGGAAAGUGCACAAACAGGAAGCAGAGAGAAGCCAGCACAGGUCAGGUAUCGGCAGAUCUCAUCAUCUGAUAUCUGUUUAAAAGGUAAGUGCUCCUCCAUGACAGUUUCCUCUGAAAAGGCGAAUAGUGGAUAUUCAGAAAAAGAUUCGACAGAGAAAAACAUUGCAAAAUGUGCUGACCAGUAUGUGGGAACAACUACCUCCAUAAGUCAACCAACAGACGACAAUAAUAUCAGCUCAGUGUCCAAAGAGUUGACAUUUUGUGAGGAUCAAACCAUAACUCAAAGCUUGGAAAGUAGCACUUCAGAACUGGACACCAUUCUAGAAGUCAGCUGUGUUGAACCUGGUGACACUCCAGUACCGGAUUCUCCAAGGAACAUUUACUUGAAUAUUAACCAAAAUCCAGAUGCUCAGCACUCGCAUACAAAUGAUAAACAUGCAGUCAGUGAGCAGCACACCCAAAACCUGCCAUCAUGCUCUGUAGAGGUCUACGAUGAGCUCCCGCCAGAGGGAAUCCAUGGCAACCAAGCCUCUGGAUGUUACUUCGGUGAGUCACUUGCCUGUGAGGUGGCAGAUGUUCAGAGGGAACACCACAGACCAGGAGCCACAGUCUCUAGAAUGGACGAAAUAAAGGAGGCCGUUCAUGCAGUCACUUCCAUCGAUGCACACCUUUCCAGUCCAGUUUCAGAUGAAACCAAAGAGCCUGGAGAUCUGAAAGAGGAUAAUGUGGUUAAAGUGCGCAUGAGAAAGCGGGAACAUGCUCGACUAGACUCAAUGGUGUUGCUGCUAAUGAAGCUGGACCAGCUGGACCAGGAAAUUGAAAAUGCCCUCAGUGCCACUUCCUCUAUGGACAGCACCCCCACCCUCCAUCGACGACAAAACCUGGAGAAUGAUUUAGGAUCAGAGUCACAAAACCCUCCACAUUCACAUGGUCUUGCUGCCUCCACGUCAGGAUCUGCACCUGUGCUCGGAGCAAAACCUAAGAGUGGGAGCACAUCUGCCAUUCCUGAGAAAGAAAAAGAUGAGAUUGAAGCCAAAGAGGCCUGUACCUGGCUCCGGGCCGCAGGGUUCCCACAGUACGCCCAGCUUUAUGAAGAUGCCCUAUUUCCUAUUGACAUCUCUUCUGUCACCAGAGACCAUGACUUCCUCGAUCGGGAUGCGAUUGAGGCUCUCUGCAGGAGACUGAACACUCUCAACAAGUGUGCUCUGAUGAGACUGGAAAUAUCACCGCAGAGAAAACGAAGUGAAGACUCUGACGAGGAUGAGCCUUGUGCCAUCAGCGGCCGAUGGACCUUCCAAAGGGACAGCAAGCGCUGGUCACGUAUGGAGGAGCUGGAGGUUUUCUCCUCACUGUCCACAGAUACCACACAGGCCUCUUCAUUCUCCAAGGACCAAGUAUCCCAAAAGGGCAAGCUGGCCCUACAUGAAGGCAACAGUUCGGAGAGUGUGUUGACCGACCUCAGUGAGCAACCUGAGGUGGGCUCCAUCCACAGCAGUGGGAGUGGAGGAAGAGGAGAAGAGAAGGGGCAUGGUGCCACCCUGGUAAAUGAAGCUGUACCUGCUGGUGCCACUCGUGCCAGCUCUGUAGCCAGCAUGUGUUCAUCCUCAGGUACAGGUGGCUCAGGAUGUGCUAAUGAAGACUCUUUUUCUGAUGGGUUGCCCCCUUCACCUUUAGAGACACUUGGGCAGUUCACAUUUGACAUGAAAACAGGAAUUGGAGGACUGAGCACGAGUCUCGACAGAGGAGGGGGCGGUGGUAAAAGCACACGCUCGCGAGCCAAAAGUUUCCUAAAGAGGAUGGAAAGUCUUCGACUGCGCAGUGGCACCUCGUCCAAGAGGAAGAAGAAGGGGAGCACCAGUGGAGGGAAGAUAGAAAUCAGCGGACCUGUCAUCAAAGAGGGUCUGGAUGAUGACAAGUUGAGAAGGCUCAAUUGUGUGGACAUCCCCAGUAUCAACCUCAACCAGAACCUCAAUCACCACCGCAAUCCCACGCAGACAAUGACACUUAACCGGAAUCGCUCUGUAUCCUACUCCACUCAGACGAGCCAUGGCAGCACCGGGAGUACAGGUAGCAGCCAGUCGGAGGCCAGCAGUGGCAGUGCAGUGAGUACGCCAAGCCCAGUGACUCGUGCUCGCAGCCACAGCACGGCCGCAGGAUCUAGUAAGAGAGGAGGAAUGUAUUUGGAGGGUUUCGAUCCUUUCAGUAUUCUCCAACAAGCUUCAGAUUGUCAGCCAAAACCCCCAUCCAAAUCUCCUAUGCCCAUCAUCUGCCAAACUAGUAAUGGGAUGACAGUUGAUGAGCAGAACCGCAGGAACAACUGUGGUGUUCAAGACAAUGUCAGACAAGUGGGGGAAGAAGAGGAGGAGGAAGAAGAAGGCAUGGUCUUCUUCUACUUACCAGAAGGUCACAAGCCAGGAACUUUCCCCAAAGCCCUGCAGGACGGGAGUUCACGCAAUAACAAUGGGAAUGAUAAUGGAAACUCUGUGGUGCUCAGGGGGCGGCAAAGUAGACGCCAGCGCCGUGGCUCUUCAGGCUCUGUCGAUAGCCGCCUCAGUUUUUAUGACAAUGUCCCCUACACUGAGAGAGAGGAUGAGGGAGAGGAGGAAGAGGGCAAUGAACACAAACUGGAGGAGGUGCUACAACAUGUCAGCAGACUGCACCGUUUCAAUGCUUGGUCUGAAGCUGUGGUUGGUGAAGAGGAGGAUGAGGAAGAUGAAGAGGAAGAAGGAGACUCAGACUCAGCGUUAGACUCAGCCUCUCCAUGCCCAUCUUCUCCUCUGCAAAACCGGCUAGAAGAGACAGAGAAUGGAAGUGACCAGGACAGCACAGGAAAUCCGCUGGGGGAGGGAGAGGAAGGGAUGAGAGAAAGAAGAGAUUCUGGUGUCGGAGCAUCUUUAACCCGAACCAGCAGGCCACAGAAACUCCGCUGGCCAAGUUUCCAGAACUCCCAUCAGCCCAGCUUGGCCUCCGCCCAGCUCCAGAUUAGCUGCCAGUCUGUGUUACAGAUGAACCUGCUCCAGAAGCUCUCCCUGCUGCAGCUCACUGCUCUGCUGGAGAAACAUACUCCUACAAACAAACAUGGCUUCAGCUGGGCUGUGCCAAAGUUUAUGAAGCGGAUCAAGGUGCGGGACUACAAAGACAGGAAUGUGUUUGGUGUGCCACUACAAGUCAUCGUCCAGCGGACAGGCCAGCCCCUCCCUCAGGGAAUCCAGCAGGCCAUGCGCUAUUUGCGCAAUCAGUGCCUAGACCAGGUGGGUCUUUUCAGGAAAUCGGGGGUUAAAUCUCGAAUCCAAGCUCUUCGCCAAAUGAAUGAAGCGAGCGGCGCUGAUGGAGGGGGAGUGAGCUACGAGGGCCAGUCAGCCUAUGAUGUUGCAGACAUGCUGAAACAGUACUUCAGAGAUUUACCAGAACCCCUGCUUACAAGCAAACUGUCCGAGACCUUCCUUCAGAUCUAUCAGUACAUGCCUAAAGAGCUCCGUUUGCAGGCAGCCCGCGCCGCUGUGCUGCUGCUGCCUGAUGAGAACCGAGCAGCACUGAGGACUCUGCUGUGUCUGCUGAGCGACGUCACGGCCAGCGUGGCUGAGAACCAGAUGACGCCCACCAACCUGGCCGUUUGUCUGGCGCCGUCACUCUUUCAUCUCAACACCCUGCGCCGCAAGGAGAGCUCCUCACCAAGGGUGAUGAACCGAAAGCAGACACUGGGAAAGCCGGACCAGAGGGACCUGAACGAGAACCUGGCUGCUACUCAUGGUUUGGCACACAUGAUCCAGGAGUGCAGGAAACUCUUCCGGAUACCAGAGGAAAUGAAUCGCUGCAGAAACUCCUAUGUGGAGCAGGCACUCCUGCCUCGGCGCCUGGAGGAUUUUGGUAGUGAGGAGGCGGGGAAGGGAGGCUAUAGGACGUAUCUACGCGACAGCCUAGACGCCCUCCUCAAAGAGGCCAAGGACAAGUUCAGGGGUUAUGACAGCUGCUCCACACCUGAGCACGCCGAGCUGUCCUGCAGAAAGGUGCAUGAUGGGUUUCCUCUGCGGCUGUGGAAGGUGACUGCGGAGGUGCCUGCAAGUCCAGAGGAGGUGCUGACACGCCUGCUACGGGAACAGGCCCACUGGGACGAGGACCUGCUUGAGAGUCGAGUGGUGGAAACCCUGGAUGAGAAGACAGAGGUCUAUCAGUAUGUCCGGAACACCAUGGCUCCACAUCCCACCAGAGACCACGUGGUGCUCAGAACAUGGGUAACAGACCUGCCAAAGGGAGCAUGUGCACUCGUGUGUACAUCUGUGGACCAUGAGGGGGCGCCCGUUGUCGGCAUUCGCGCAAAUGUCCUCAUCUCGCGUUACUUCAUCGAAUCCUGUGGAAGCAACAAAUCCAGACUCACGCAUAUUUCCAGGGUCGACUGCAGGGGUCAUUUUCCAGAGUGGUACAAUAAAUUGUAUGGACACUUGUGUGCUGCUGAGGUGGCACGAAUACGCGAGUCUUUCACUGCACCCAUGGACAAAUGAGAUAGCGGUGUGCAGUUGGGAUCUUCAGAGCUUUUUUUUUUUCAAACCUUGGCAUCUCAUACCAUCAUUUGGAUCCUACUGGGGACAUAAUAUGACUCAUUUCACCCUUUCUAACAGAGUGGUCAAUGGGGUUCAAACCUCUGUAUACACAUAUUGAAUGGAAAAACCCUGGAUCACAGAUUGAAGGACUUUUUUUCCCCCCCUGCUCUGAUAACCUUACAGCAGAGUGAUGCUACAUUUUUGAACUUGUUUUAUUGAAGCUCUGAGUCUGCUGCCAAGAGGACUCGUACCACACACACACAUGCAUCUGGGCCAAAGGACAUGAUGUUGCUGAUACAGGAUGUAAGGUUUAAACUUUAUCCAAAGGGUGCUAUUGCUUCUAAGAAGCAA